GCACAGGUACUUGAAACUGUACUUUUAGCCUAUGUUUGUAAACAACCAAUGUUGAUCAAGUUAUUGUAGUACUACUAUAUAUAUUUAUAUUAUGUUAUAGUUGCAUAACAAGAACAGGUCCUAUGAUGACUGGUGGGCUUUUCUACAUGGUGAAGUUUCCAGUAAAAGUAAUUUGGUCAUUAAAAAUAUAUCACAUAAUUAUUGAACUUAAUUCACCCUAAAUUUUAAAAGCAUGUGUGUGAAUGCAUGUCAUUCCAUACGUGAAAUGAAAGUUAACCAUUUUUGGUGUUUUAUAGAUUUUUCAGAUUUAUUACGUUGGUAAUGCUUCUUUAACUAUGAUAUUUUCUAGAUUAGUUUUAAAUAUGCCUACUUUUGGACCAAGUGUGUGGACCAAGUUUUUAAAAGAUGUGGCAGAUCAUCUUACAACUUCUGAUGUCAAAUGCAUAAAAUUUCUCAGUGCUGAACACAUACCAAUGGGUAAAGCUGAGAAUUUGUCAGAUGCAUCUGAUUUGCUAAAGAUGUUGGAAACCCUUGGUCUCAUUUCCUGCAAUGACAUAACACAUUUAUACGAACUUGUUGAAGCCAUACCCCGUAAAGAUUUAAUUAAAAAACUAGAUGCUUAUGAAGCACAUAGACUUUCAAUGGAGAAAACCUCUGAAAAGGGAGGAAAGGAACAAUAUGAAGAUGAUGAUAUUAGAUCAAAAUCAUUUAGUUCUGAAAGUGAAUUGAGGAGUAAGAAUAAACCAGAAGUAAACAGAACUAAAUCAACUUCUUCAUUGUUGACGCCAGACAAUAUUCGUAAAAGAGCUAACCAGAGUCACCUAAAAGUAAAAAGAAAUUCAAAUGAGGAUGUCACAAAUACUUCCUCAAAUAGACUCCCAGGUGGAAGUAGGCCACCUGAAUACUCAAUGAAAAGUAUCCCUCGUGGUAAAUGUUUAAUUUUUAGUAACAGUUUUGAGAAUGGUGUAAAACUAUAUACUGGAGCAGUUUUAAAAGAACGGAAAGGAACAGAACACGAUGUGUCGAACUUGAAAAAGACCUUUGAGUGGUUAGGGUUUGAAGUGACUGUUUAUCCAGACCACACUGCUAGUGAAAUGUCGGAAGUGUUGGAGCAUGUUGCUGCGAAGGAAGAUCACGAGAACUAUGACUGCUUUGUGUGUUGUAUUUUAUCGCAUGGUUUUGAUGGUGGUGUUUAUGGAAAUGAUGGUCGUAAAGUAAAACUGGCAGAUAUCAAAACAAUAUUUGAGGGAAAUAAUUGUCCAAAGUUGUUUCAAAAACCAAAAUUAUUUUUCAUACAAGCCUGCCAGGGAGAAAACGACGGCAAGGGUGUAAGUAUUGAGAGCGAUUCACCUAUGGCUCCACAACAGAAUGCACAAGUGUCACAAGAGAUUGUCCGUGUACGGUUACACAAGGAAAUUCCAUCAAAUGCAGACUUCUUAAUCUUCAUGGCAACAAGUUCAGGUACAAUAUCAUGGAGAAAUCCAAAAACUGGCUCUUGGUUUAUUCAAUGUCUAUGUGAUGUGUUUCAAAAGCGUGCUAUGACGUGGUCACUCAGUCAAAUGUUGCUUGAGGUCAACAACAAAAUUGCGGAAAAGGAAGAUAAGACGCCGGAAGGAGAGGUUGCUAAGCAAAUGUCGGAUGCAGGUCGAAAUACGAUGAGAAUGGAGUUAUAUUUCUACCCACGAAAUAUUUUCUCUGCGUCGCUAGAUCAAAACAAACAAGGCCUGCAACACGACGCGCACCAGAAGGAACCCGUCGAAUGUGAAGACGCUCUGUAAUUGUUACCAAGACAACGUCGACAAAUAUUGACGGCGUAACUGCGCGUCAAAUCAAAAACAUCUGUUUGGAGACAGUUACAACUGACUUUAAAGGGGGAAAUUUAGAAUGAAUUCAGCAUUCGGAAGAAUGCUGGGAAAACAUUAUUCAAUUUUACGGAAGUAAAUAUAACUGCGAAUCUAUUAAAUUAAAAAAAAAAGAAUAUUUCGAGGGUAUAUAUCUAACCCGCGUUUAUUUUGCACCAGUAUAUUAAGCGCGUUUGUAAGUUAAUUCUUUAAGGUAAUAGCCUUCUUUUUAUGAAGAAAUCUGUGAACUAUUUUUUACCCUUUUUCUAUGAAAAAGCAGUCAGACAAGUGAUAGAAAGUUAAGAUUAUGUAGUAAGAUUAUGUAGUUUCGCCCUGAAGAUUGAACUAUUUAUUAUUGACUGGCGCACAUUUGAGAAACAAGUGGAAGUUUUUUUGUUUUGUUUUUCGUUUAAAAUUGGAAAUGAAAUUAAGUCGUAACACAUUGCUACAAGAAUCAAAGGAGAACCAUUGUUUGUUACCCAAUGAAAAAGCGUAUUUUUUAACAAUUUUAUUGGUCAAUAUUUUUCAUUUCGCGGGAAAUAUAUUAAACAUCUAAAUGUUUAACUAAAAGCUGAUAAUUUUUAUAAUUUUGAUUUAUAUUUCUAUUCUGGUUUUUUUAUGUAAAGAAAUUUCAGGGCUAGCCUCUUGUUUUUUUACUACUCCAUAGUGAAAUUUGUUAUUAUCGAAAUUAAUUUUGAUAUAGUUUUGUUAAUUAAUUAAGUUAUCAAAUGUUUUCUUUCUUUACCCAUUAUACUGCUGAUAAGCUGGUAAUA